UCGGGGGGGUUGUGAUUCGCUCACAGGAGCCAUUGACGGGAGAAGACGAGGCUUUUCUUCGUGGAAUUUACCUCAGGCAAGAUCGAGCGGCCGCAAUAAAAAAGAGCGAGAGAGCGAGAGGAGCGAAUCCGGGAGGGCUGGAAAGGGCAGCUCCCCCCACCUCCUCUCCGCCCGCCGUCUCGGGGAGCUCGGGGCCCUGCCUGCUGACCCUUCCCCUCCCCCGCUUCCUGCUGCCCCUCAGCCCUCCGGCCGGGCCCUGGCAGUACCUCGCAGGAUUGUUCGGCGAAGGCUUGAGGGCUCUGUGGGUUUGUCCAUGGAGGCAGGCACCUUUUUCGAUUCAGUCGAGGAACGGGGUUUGUUCUCGAAAUCCGAGUGAAGGAAGCACCGAAGCGAAACUUAAAAAGGAAUCCUGCCCUCCCGGAGCCGCGGGCGAUGCGACUCGUGCCGCGGGGCGCCCCCGCCGCCCGCCCGGCUUCGCCCUUCGCGGCGGUCCGGAACUUGUUCUGAUCCUGAGCCCCGCCAUCGAAUCCCCGCUCUCCAACCCCUGCACCCUGGAUAUGUUUUCUCCCAGACCUGGAUAUUUUUUUGACAUUGUGAAACUACGAGGGAAAUAACUGCUGGGCUUUCUUCCUCUCUCCCUGCUUCUCCACACGGACAUGCCUUCAGUUUGGGUGGCCGAGGCACCCCGUCCUGGGCGAAUGAACCUCUCCAGCCGCGAGGGAGAGAAAUGAAGGGAAUUUCUGCAGCGGAAUGAAAGCUCUGCAGCUAGGUCCUCUCAUCUGCCAUUUGUCCUUUCAAACUGCAUUGUAAUACCUACGGGCCGGACAAGUCAGACGAGAGCGAGGACCAGCCUCCCGGCCGUACCUCUCCGCCCGUGUUUACUUUCCAUAUUUCUUUUCUCUGCUGUGCUGCUUCUCGGCUGGCCCAGGGAUGACUUCUUCGCUGCAGCGGCCCCGGUGGGUGCCGUCGCUCCUGUGGACCGUCCUGCUGGUCAGCACUGCGGCCGCUUCUCAGAACCAAGAACGUCUAUGUGCAUUUAAAGAUCCAUAUCAACAAGACCUUGGAAUAGGCGAGAGUCGAAUCUCUCAUGAAAAUGGAACAAUAUUAUGCUCAAAAGGUAGCACUUGCUAUGGCCUUUGGGAGAAAUCAAAAGGGGAUAUAAAUCUUGUAAAACAAGGAUGUUGGUCUCACAUUGGAGAUCCCCAGGAGUGUCACUAUGAAGAAUGUGUAGUAACUACUACCCCUCCCUCAAUUCAGAAUGGAACAUACCGUUUCUGCUGCUGUAGCACAGACUUGUGUAAUGUCAACUUUACUGAGAAUUUUCCACCUCCAGACACAACACCACUCAGUCCACCUCAUUCAUUUAACCGAGAUGAGACAAUAAUCAUUGCUUUGGCAUCGGUCUCUGUAUUAGCUGUUUUGAUAGUUGCCUUAUGCUUUGGAUACAGGAUGCUGACAGGAGACCGUAAACAAGGUCUUCACAGUAUGAAUAUGAUGGAGGCAGCAGCAUCAGAACCCUCUCUUGACCUAGAUAAUCUGAAACUGUUGGAGCUGAUUGGCCGGGGUCGAUAUGGAGCAGUAUACAAAGGUUCCUUAGAUGAGCGUCCAGUUGCUGUAAAAGUUUUUUCCUUUGCAAACCGUCAGAAUUUUAUCAAUGAGAAGAACAUUUACAGAGUGCCUUUGAUGGAACAUGACAACAUUGCUCGCUUUAUAGUUGGAGAUGAGAGAGUUACUGCAGAUGGACGCAUGGAGUAUUUGCUUGUGAUGGAGUAUUAUCCCAAUGGAUCUCUGUGCAAGUAUUUGAGUCUCCAUACAAGUGAUUGGGUCAGCUCUUGCCGUCUGGCUCAUUCUGUGACUAGGGGACUGGCUUAUCUUCAUACAGAAUUGCCACGAGGAGAUCAUUAUAAACCUGCAAUUUCCCAUCGAGAUUUAAACAGCAGAAAUGUCCUGGUGAAAAAUGAUGGAACCUGUGUUAUUAGUGACUUUGGAUUGUCCAUGAGGCUGACUGGAAAUAGACUGGUACGCCCAGGCGAAGAAGAUAAUGCAGCCAUAAGUGAGGUUGGCACAAUCAGAUAUAUGGCACCAGAAGUUCUAGAAGGAGCUGUGAACCUGAGGGACUGUGAAUCAGCUUUGAAACAAGUGGAUAUGUAUGCACUUGGGCUCAUUUAUUGGGAGAUAUUUAUGAGAUGUACAGACCUCUUCCCAGGUGAAUCUGUACCAGAAUACCAGAUGGCUUUUCAGACAGAAGUUGGAAACCAUCCCACUUUUGAAGAUAUGCAGGUUCUGGUAUCUAGGGAAAAACAGAGACCCAAGUUCCCAGAAGCUUGGAAAGAAAAUAGCCUGGCAGUGAGGUCACUCAAGGAGACAAUCGAAGACUGUUGGGACCAGGAUGCAGAGGCUCGGCUUACUGCGCAGUGUGCUGAGGAGCGGAUGGCUGAACUUAUGAUGAUAUGGGAAAGAAACAAAUCUGUGAGCCCAACAGUCAAUCCCAUGUCUACUGCUAUGCAGAAUGAGCGCAACCUGUCACACAAUAGGCGUGUGCCAAAGAUUGGCCCUUAUCCAGAUUAUUCUUCUUCCUCAUACAUUGAAGACUCUAUCCAUCAUACUGACAGCAUUGUGAAGAAUAUUUCCUCUGAGCAUUCGAUGUCUAGCACACCUUUGACUAUAGGGGAAAAGAACCGAAACUCAAUUAACUAUGAACGGCAGCAAGCACAAGCUCGAAUUCCCAGCCCUGAAACAAGCGUCACCAGCCUGUCCACCAACACAACCACCACAAACACCACUGGCCUCACUCCAAGCACUGGCAUGACCACUAUAUCUGAGAUGCCAUACUCAGAUGAAACAAAUCUGCAUGCCACAAAUGUUUCACAGCCAAUUGGGCCAACCCCUGUCUGCUUACAACUUACAGAAGAAGACUUGGAGACCAACAAGCUGGACCCAAAAGAAGUUGAUAAGAACCUCAAGGAAAGUUCUGAUGAGAAUCUCAUGGAGCAUUCUCUUAAACAGUUCAGUGGACCAGACCCACUGAGCAGCACCAGUUCUAGCUUGCUUUACCCACUCAUAAAACUUGCAGUAGAAGUGACUGGACAGCAGGACUUCACACAAGCUGCAAAUGGCCAGGCAUGUUUAAUUCCUGAUGUUCCACCUGCUCAGAUCUAUCCUCUCCCCAAGCAACAAAACCUUCCUAAGAGACCUACUAGUUUGCCUUUAAACACCAAAAAUUCAACAAAGGAGCCCCGGCUGAAAUUUGGCAGCAAGCACAAAUCAAACUUGAAACAAGUAGAAACUGGAGUUGCCAAGAUGAAUACAAUCAAUGCUGCAGAACCUCAUGUGGUGACGGUCACCAUGAAUGGUGUGGCAGGUAGAAACCACAGUGUUAACUCCCAUACUGCCACUACCCAGUAUGUUAAUGGGGCAGUACCAUCUGGCCAGACAGCCAACACAGUGGCACACAGGGGCCAAGAAAUGCUGCAGAAUCAAUUCAUUGGUGAGGAUACCCGACUGAAUAUUAAUUCCAGUCCUGAUGAGCAUGAACCUUUACUGAGACGAGAGCAACAGGCUGGCCAUGAUGAAGGUGUUCUGGAUCGUCUUGUGGACAGGAGGGAACGGCCACUGGAAGGUGGCCGAACUAAUUCCAAUAACAACAACAGUAAUCCGUGUUCAGAGCAAGAUGUUCUUACACAGGGUGUUCCAAGCACAGUAGCAGAUCCUGGACCAUCAAAACCCAGAAAAGCACAGAGGCCUAAUUCUCUGGAUCUUUCAGCCACAAAUAUCCUUGAUGGCAGCGGUUUGCAGUUAGGUGAGUCAACACAAGAUGGCAAAUCAGGAUCUGGUGAAAAGAUUAAGAAACGUGUGAAAACUCCCUAUUCUCUUAAGCGGUGGCGCCCCUCCACCUGGGUCAUCUCCACUGAACCACUGGACUGUGAGGUCAACAACAAUGGCAGUGACAGGGCAGUUCAUUCCAAAUCCAGCACCGCAGUUUACCUUGCAGAAGGAGGCACUGCCACAACCAUGGUCUCUAAAGAUAUAGGAAUGAACUGUCUGUGAAAUAUUUUCAAGCCUAUGGAGUGAAAUUAUUUUUUGCAUCAUUUAAAUGUGCAGAAGACAUUUAAAAAAAACUGCUUUAUCUUCCUGUCAGUACCCUUUCCCACCCCUGCAACAGGACUUGCUUUAAAUAGAUUUCAGCUAUGCAGAAAAAUUUAGCUUAUGCUUCCAUUAUUUUUUAAUUUUGUUUUUUUUAAGUUUUGCACUUUUGUUUAGUCUCAUUAAAGUUAUAUUUGUCUGUUAUGACCACAGAAUUUUAUGUGUGUGUAUCAGAAGUGGUCUCAAAAUAUUUUUUUAAGAAAAAAAGCAAAAACAAUGUAUUGCUGAUAAUCAGUUUGGACCAGUUUCUAAAGGUCAUUAAAACAGAAGCAAAUUAAGACAGGUUUGACUGCAGCAGUGUCUGGUAUCCAUGUUUUAUUUCUGGGCACAAGCUAGUUUAUAUGUUGAACUGUUCCUGAACAUAUUAUCUGUUGGACAUUCUUUUCUCUUGUGUUUUGUUUGAACGUGCAAUAGUCUAUAGUCCACAAAUAAGCUUUCUUGUAAGCUCUCUUCCUAACAGAGCACACAUUCUUCCAUAAUAAGUACAUUUUUCUGCCCCAACCCCCAUACUUUUGGCAGGUCAGUUCUGUGGCAGUGAUUUUUGCACAAGAGAAAGCAGCUACCUGAUUUCUUGCUUUCUCUCUCCUUAUGGAGAAUGCAGAAACAUUGUCUCAAAGGGCUCUAAAGAAGGAACUACCAAAACCUAAUUUGAAAUGCUAUUUCUUUUAACCUUCCAAGUCCUAAAUGUUUCUUUCCAGGCAUUUUAAUAAAAGUAUUUGGUUCUGGUUUUUGGACGUUCAUAAGAGAGCAUAGAACAAAGUAGACGAAGUCAAAUAAUUAGCCUUUCUUCAUUUUAUUUUAUUUUUAUAUGUAUGUUCAUGUUCCAUAUUCAUUUAUUUAAAAAGCACAUUUUUAUCAGAAAACUUAGAGAGCUAUACUUAUAUGGAAUUUUUAAGUAGGUAGAUGGUUAAGACUAUAUAGUGUUAUAGCCUUCAUUCUCUGAAUAGGCCAUCUUUGACUCAUAAAAUUACAUUUCCUAUUUAAAGUAACUUCAAAAUCGGUUCAUGGUUUUGAACCAGUAGUAACUUUUUAUUCUCUUCCCAAGCAACGCCUGGUGAAUUUAUCUGAAAAUGAGUCCUCUUCCCAUGACCUAAAACACUGUGUGGAAAAAUCAUUCAUUUGGCAUGCCAAAUCCCUGUGGAAGGAAAGAUUGCUGCCAAACCUAUCAUUUUUGAGCAGACUGAGGCUUACCUCUCUUUUUUCAAAACUGUUUCUUCACUAAUCCUAUUUUCAUAAUUUCUCUUUUUGCCAGCUUUUCAUAUGAUCUUUGAUAUGUGAGCAGCAUUUAUUAUUUACAUUAUAUUAGAAUAUAUCUUUUAGUGAUAACAUGUUAUGUAUCCUUCAAGUCAUAUUGUUUUUUUAAAAAGCUUCCUUUGCUUCUUUCCUUACUGAUAGUUAUCUCUAAACAGCAACCUCAGCAUGUUUUUUUAAAUAAAGCACUUUAUGUCAAAUAAGGGACUUUUUUUAUAAGCACAAAUUAUUUUCUAUCAGUUUGCAAACAGUGAUGAUCUCACUUAAUUUUUCCAGAUUCUCAGAGUACUUAAUAGAUGUUAUUUAACUAAGUUCUAAGAUUUCUCUGGGAUAAAAAGCUAAGAGAAAAACACAAAUGCCUAUAUUCUUACUUUUAGGUUUUUAUCUCCUGAACAAUAUUUUCUCACUCAUAUUCCUCUAUCUUCAUCAUUUAGCUAAAAAUAACAUAAAUUUCCCAAUUUGCUGUCCAAAAUAUUUAUAAUUUACUAUAUAAACCUUCCUUUUUUUUGUCAUCUGCUAUAACCCUAUGAGUUAGAUGUUACAACACUUCACAUUUAUUCUGAUGGAUGGCUGAACACAGUUUUGAAUUUUUAGAAUUAAGAUUAUUUUUCUAGUGCCCAGGAUUUCCACCUUUUUUUGUUUUAUUGGCCCUUCUCUUGAUUCAGAUCCUUAACAUUUUUCAGUCUUCUGGCAUAAUUAUUCUUCUAUCUAUAUAACAAAUUAUUUAUAUCUUUCCCACCAAAUUUUCACUUACUUCUCUUGCCUUUAAAUGUCUUUCAACUGCAUUUCAUUAUUUUCAAACGUGUAGGAUAUCUUUGAAUCAAAUAAAUUAUAUUCCUUCUCCAAUUGAGGAUAAAUGACCAUUUUUGAGAUCUAACUGAUCUUUUCCUGACAGAGUUAUCUUACAUUCUACUUCACUUUGUGUUUAGGCUAGUUGGUUGUAAUUUUUCCAGCAUCUUUUUUUUUUUUAUGUUUAAUAAAAUGCUUUCAAGAAUUAAUAUAUCAAAAUAAAAGAGAAUCCUUUUAAGUUUCCCAUUUCAUGCAAACAUGUUUAAAACAAAUAAUUUUCUUUCCCUAGUUUUUUUUAGUAGACCCUUAAAAAAUAGGAAGAGUAAAAAGUGUAGAUCAUUUUAAUAAAUUUUAAAUUAAAUUGGACACCAGACUGAUUUAGAAUCUGUAAUAUACAAGCAAGCGAAAUUACUUAAAAUACUUGCUAACUUUAUUCAUCUAAUAAUGUUUUUUAAAGCUAAUAUUUAACUGCUAUCACAAUAUUUUGCAUGUAGUAGAAAAGCAUUUGGAUCCUUCGAAUAAAGGCCAUUUAAUGAAAAAAAAUUAAAAUUCACUUUGCUAAUUUUACAACCUUAAAAGCAUCAUAAUAGGUAAUCAAAUUCUAGUAUUAAUUCCCUGAGCUAUCUUAAUUGUAUGUCAGAACUGAGUCAUUGAAAUAACUUGGUUUGAAUUAGGUUUAGACAAAAAUGACUUAAUUAUAAUUCCUAACAGUGUUCCCCCUUUUUAAAUUCCUAAUUUGGGCAAAAGAAACCAGUAUCAGUGUAAAAUGUUAUGAAAAGGCACAGGAAUUAAAUAAUACUAAUUGACAAUUUGUUAUAUACUGAAUGCUGGGAUAUACAUACCCAAUCUUUUAAUCCUCAUAGGAACUAUUUAAGGAUCUUAGUUAAUAUUCCCACUUUACAGAUUGAGGAGAUUGAAGCAAAGAGAAGCUAAGCCAUUUGCCCAAGUUCCACAUCCUAGUAAUAGAGAAAGCUGGAUUUUAACCUGGGUUUGCCUCUCCACAUCUCUUUCAUCCACACCACACUACCUAUGCACUGUAUGACAGGAUGUGUAAUACACUGACAUUUUGCAAGAAAUUCAGUCAUUAUACUCCAGCACAACUGUGGCUUGUAUAUAAGCCAAAGCAGAUACCUUAAUGACAUGUAGAAAUGUCUAUGCUGGCUGUUGCUUGGAGAAAUAAUUACUAAUUCAAGAUAAAAUUCAAUCCCACAUCUGCUAUCAUGAAUCCUAAAAUUAUUUCACUUCACUCCUAAUAUUCUUGCACUGUAGAACUAAAGAUAAAGUAAAUUUUAAGGGAAAAGUGAAGGUGGCUUGUGGGAACAAAGACUUUUCCCUAAAUUGAUUCCAUGCUUGACUUGAAGAAUUAAUUUAACAUGGACUUAAAGUCUCAUCAAUCCUUUGACUCCAUCUUGAAAAUUUCUGCUUGUAGUGACUUAGAGAAAGUUUUACUAAUCCAGAAAACUAAUUGAGGAGGACAUAGGAAGGAUACAAAGAUAAUAUCUUUUUUUAUAAAGCAGUUUCAAUAGCUUCUUACAUGUACCCACUUAUUGCAGAAAAUGUACAUUGGUUCUGAAUGUGAAAAUAACUAAAGGAAGGUAGGAACAUUCAAGUAAGUAUGUGUUUCAGUGGGAAUUGUCACAAAAUUUGGCAAGUGUUUUUAUUUAAAAUAUUUUCAAGUUUGGCAUCUAAAGCCAAAUGGAAUACCUGGAGGCUGCAGCUAUUUACUGAACUUUCCAUCCUCAAAGUCAUUUAAAAUGGAAGAAUACUUCAAUAAGUUUUUUGUUUCUUUUUUUAAUAUUUAUGGAAAUGAAUAUUUCAUUGGAGGUAGUUAGCUUCUAGAACUUGAGAUUACAUUGUAUUCCUAUACAACCUUUUAUAAAUUUAUGUUGAACUUACUACCAGUUAUGUGCAGGUUAUUGCAUAACUAUUCACAGAUUGCUUUAUAUAUUACUUUAUCUUCCAAGCUAACUUACUAGAAAUUGUACACACAUGUUAGUUGAUUAUCUAGACCUGUUAUUCCAGAAAUUGUGUAACACUCCCACAUACACCCCCGAAGUUUCUUUCAGACUGAGAUGUUUGUAAAUAUACCUUUUGCUGUCAGUUCGCUCCUCGGUGAUAAAAUUGCAUUUUAACUUAUAGAUUCUGAACUAUGCAAAUGUUAGCCAAAACUACCUUGCAUGAUCCACUCUUAUAUAUACUCCUUGAUUUAGUAAAUCUGGCAAAUCACUGUUUGAGCUAGUUACACAAAUGUUAUUAUCAAAAGAAGGCUUUUCUAUAGCUUCUCAGAUUAACUAACAUAGAAGAAAAGAGGAAAUCUCAGGGUGCUCUCGUGCACCUACUCAUUACUUUCCUUCAACCGCCUUUUAGUUUGUGUCUGACUUACUCUAUCCUUUGGUUGUCUGACUUGCAAUCUUCUGCGUCAGGAAAAUUUUCUUCAUGUCUAUUCUGCUUCCCUCCUGUUUCAUUUUAUGUGCAUUUGUCUCCUCCAGCAGUAAAAAGGGAGAGCAGUUGGCUAUCUUCUCCAGUAUUGUUAUUUUUCAUUAUGCUUCCGGCUUCUCAAUUAACCUCUGAGUCUCAGUUCUUCAGACAAAAUUGCUGUGGUUCCCUUAGCAUUUCCUUCUCAGCCCUAUUUUAAUAACUUUAUACUUAAGAACACCUGAAAUUAUAUUUUACAUUAUAUUCAAAUUCAUUACUCUAGUUAAGUAAUAGUUCAGUAGGACAGAAUUGAGAAUGAAGACGUUACCAUUUGACAAUGGAUCCAACCAUCAGAUUGUCAGAAAAUCAGCACUUAAUUAAGUUUUGUAUUAUCUAACAUUUCCUAUUAAAUUGUGGAGUUUUACAAUUUUAUAUUCUCAUUAGUUAUAACUAAAAAGCCAUGCACACAGAAUUGUACAUAAUUUUGCCAUUAAAAUUUUUUUAACCUAUAUUGCAGCAAGCUUAGCAUUAUGAUUGAGCCACAACAUUUUACAUAUUUCUUUGUAUCAAAUAUUAAACACAAAAUGCAAGAUUAACUUUCAAAAACAAACCUUACAAUAAUCAGGUAUUAUCUAUGAACAUUUUUGCAGACCACUUUUGAAAUACUUAUUAUUUUGCAACAUAGACUGGACUGUAACAACUUUCAUUUAACUUUUAAGUGGCUGGUUAAAGUUGAGUGUUUGUGCAUAUAAAGAAAAUUUAGGAUUUUAUCUCAUGGCUGAUACAUUUGAAAGUAAAUAAUUCAGAAGAUUUAAUGCUGUGUAUUAGAAUUAUGCCCCAAAUAAAUCUAUCAUAUCUUGAAAAUUCCAAUUCCGUUAUUAUGUGAUGUUCAUAGUGUUACUAUUAAUUGUGGUGACAUUCAUUUUUUUAAACUUAAUUUGCAACCCAGAUUCUAAAAUUUGGGUAAGAGAGAAGAAAUCUUUAGAAAUAAAUCACAUCACUAGGGCAUCCAGUUUAUGAUUGAAUUUUUAAAAAAAUUACUGUAUUUUAAACUACAACUUUUUAAAAAUGUUUCAAAAGGCAACACGUAGGUUUUUUCCAUUUUAUUUGUACUUUUAGAUUUCAGAAACAUCUUCAUGUUUUAGACUCACUCUAUAGACAUAAUAUUACUUAAAAACUCAGGGCCCUUUUCAUCCCUUUGCACAUGAGAAACUUUAAUUGGUAGCAAACAAGCAAUUAGUCCAGUUGAAUAUUUAAAGUGUUUGUUGCACAUACAGUUCAUUUAAUGUUUCAUCUUAUGAUUUGACUUAAUUUACAUAGACAUAACAUCAGAUUUCAUUAAUCAUAAAAACUUGCCCAGUUCUAUAAUUACUGAAUAGAGGGAAAUGACUCAACUAAUUGGCUACAUGUUGCAGCCUAUUUAGGCCUUAGAGUUGAAGCACCGUCUUAAAACCAUUUCUCUUCUUUGGGUAAAUGGUUAUACAUGAUGGGACAAAUCAUUUCAUUUUGCUUUGUUUUUUAAUGGGAGAACUUAGUAAAGUUGUUCCUCUGAGAUAAAAUUUUCUUGAGGUAAUUUAACAUUAAAAAAAACUCUUCUAAAAGUGAAAUAAUGAGUUUAUAGCUUUAGUAAUAGUUUGGAUGGUUUUGAGAAGGUAACUUCUGGUAAGUUAUUUAUCACCUUGUCAGAUCCAAAUAGAAUUUUUCCUUCAAUCAGACAAGUCCAAGCUCCAAAUUGAUAGGCUGUAUACUUAAAAUCCUAGCAGUGAAUUUAUUUGUAACCUGUCUCUUGUCUCAGGCUCUCCACCUUAUUACCAAACCUCUUAAGUAUGAUAGGGAAACAUAUUUUUAAAGGAGCUUAAUAAUAAGAAAACUAAAUUACUAAAAGAUGCAAUUCAAAGAUAGGAUCUGGAUAAAAUUGAAUUGCUUGGCUUCUGUGGCUUUUCUUUUUCUCGUCACAUUUAUUUAUUUAAAGUUUUUGUAUGCCUUGUCAUGUUUCCAUGGAAAUUAUAUUGUGUAAGUGUUUGUAUAAGCUGGAAUCAUCCUUAAUUUUCUGUUGAUAAUUUUUCAAAUGAAGAUAAGUGGAUAAUUGUAAAGUACACUAACUCUUAGGGUAUUGUAGUAGCUGAAACAUGGAGAUGUGUAGCUGCCAUGCUUUUUCUGAAUGGACAGGAGAAACAUAAGCUACAGAGUAUUCAUUUCUGAGGAUGCUUUUCUGGAAUAAGAAAGGCUAAAAAAUAUUGGCAAUUCCUCAGAACCCUCUUUCUUGUUAACGGGUAUCUUUUGUUGGUGUGUUUUGCUCUUACAUUACAGAUAGAAUAUCAUAUGAAUUUAUGAAUAAUUACUUUCAAUUAUUUUGCUUUUGUAAAAGCCGUCUGAGACCUUGCUAUGCUGUGUAAGUUGUGUUUGAUGGAUCAGUGUGAGUAUGAAAUAAAGCAAAUCACUUUUCUUUUGUAUUAUCUAUGGAUGCCACUAUGAAAGCUGACAUUAAGCCACUAAAGAGUUUUUUAUGAAUAAUUGUAAGUAAAUGCUUUGAUAUAUAUAAACCUAAAUAAAAAGAUUGUAUUGCUACAGAGACAUUGGAGAAGAUUUUAAGACAGUUCUUUAGGUUUAAAAAAGGCUUGCUGUAAAAUGGUGCAUUAUUCCAUUUAUUAAAGAUCAUAUUAAUAACAA